AAAAUCCUCUCUGAUGAGUGAUGAGAGACUGACACCAACAAAAACCAAAAAAAUAGACUUUGCUCGGCCUCUCGUGGCUGCCAAUUAAAAGACACUUCGACUGUCAGAGGUUCAAUGUAAAGUUAUCUAGUUCCAAGGAAAAACGAGAAGAAGAAAUAUGAAGAAGGGAAAUGAACACAGGAUGCCAAGGAUGGAGGAUAUUCUUAACCUUCCAGUGCAAGAUCCCCCAUGUGCAGAGUUCUCUGCAGCUCUUAUAAACUGGGUAAAAGUCGAAGGUGGACGCCAAGGUGGUGGUGAUGUUGCCCUAAUCCCGUUCUCUAGAGUGGAUGAUUUUGUUAAAGGUGAGUCCGCAAACGUAGAAUGCCCUGCCAGUUUUCGCGUUGAGUCAAGAAGGAAGAGAACUGAAGGAAGCGUAAGCAAGCCUAGGGUUGAUGGCUACCUCGAAUACACACUAUAUUGGUGUUCUUAUGGCCCUGAAGACUACCGACAUAGUGAUUCAAGUGUGGGGGAUAACUUAAAUUCUAAACCCCAAUCAGGGAAAGGUAGCAGGCCUGGAAGGCGGCAUAUGAUGAGAGGGUGCCUAUGUCACUUCACUGUAAAGCGCUUAUACACACGUCCUCAUCUUGCACUCAUUAUUUACAGUCAGCGAAGUCAUGUAGAUAAAUCAGGGUCCCCAUGCCAUGGAAUACUUGACAGGGAUGCUGUCGGAACUAGAGCUAUGUAUGCUCCUCGAAUCUCAGAUGAACUACGUCGGAAGGUGAUGUCUAUGCUUUACGUUGGAAUAUCUUGGGAUGAUAUUAUUCAGCACCACACUGAUGUAGUAGAGAGGCAUGGUGGUCCCAGUAAUCGUGAUGACUUUCUCACUCGAAAUGAUGUUAGGAACAUGGAAAGGGUGGUCAAACAUUCCACACGUGAAGUACAUGAAAAUGAUGUGGAUAGCAUACCAACGUGGGUUCACCGUCAUCAAAAGCAUGUUUUCUUCUUCCGCGAUGCAUCUGUUACAGAAUCAUUUGUUUUGGGUUUACAGACUGAGUGGCAGUUGCAACAGAUGCUCCAUUAUGGGAAUAAUAGUUCCAUUGCCUUCCAUUCAACUUUUGGUUUGAAGAAGUUCAAGCAUCCGUUAUGUACAUUACUAGUUUUUGACUCGUGCCAAAACGCUAUUCCUGUUGCGUGGAUCAUUACUUCUUGCUUUAAUGGUCAAGAUAUUCCCUGUUGGAUGGUACCACUUGUUGAAAGAAUCCGAACAAGGGAUCCUAGGUGGAAACCCAAUGCCUUUUUAAUUGAUGAUCCGUCUUUUGAGAUCUCUAUCCUCAGAGAUGCUUUCCAGUGCCGGGUCAUUUUAUGCCUCUGGCAUGUUCGACGCUCUUGGAUGAAAAGCUUGCUGAAGAAAUGCUGCAGCUUGAUCCUGCAGCAAGAAAUGUUCAAGCACCUUGGCCGUAUUUUAUAUAGUGUUAGGGAUGGGCCAAGUGCCAUAGAUGCAAUCGAAGAGUUUAUGCAGAUAUUUGUUGAUCAGUUCUCUUUCAUGGAAUACUUUAGGGACCAAUGGUUACCGAGGAUAGAUAUGUGGGUGAAUGCAAUGAGGCUUCUCCCUAUAGCAAAUCAAGAAUUUAACGGCGCUAUCGAGUCUUAUCAUUUAAAUUUGAAAUCCAAACUUUUUGGUGAACAACAUUCUGGUUCUUGGACGAGAGUUGAUUGGCUUGUCCAUACAUUAACCACUGAAUUCCACUCCUUGUAUUGGUUCGCUCAAUACACUGAAGAAACCGGCUACUUUAGAAUCCUGAAAGAUUGCACUUUCUCAACAAACUCUUGGUAUCGAGCAUUACAGAUUCCCGAUAUUGAUGUCUUAUUGGAUGAUGAAGAACUACGGAUAGUUCGGGUCAUUUCGCAAUCUAACAGAAGCAUGGCUUACACAAUUUGGAACCCUGGUUCAGAAUUCUCUUUUUGUGAUUGCCCAUGGUCAAGACUGGGAAAUCUCUGUAAGCACGUGAUCAAGGUCUGCAUAUUAUUUAGGAAUCGUCAGGUUGCAAGACCAUCAAUUGCUGCACAAACUUAUCGGCAGGCAUUACUUAGUCUUUUGAAUAAUCCUCCAGAUGAUCCAAUUGUUCUUAAUCAUGCCAUUUUACAAGUCAGCCGUAUCCAACAGGACAUUAAGGGUCUGGAGGACUUAUCUAAUAGUGGGCUUCUCCAACCGUUAACUACACUUGAGACGAAUGGUCAUGUUGUUUUGGAUAAUCUCCUGCCUUCGCCAGGUCUUCAAUGAAUCUUACAGGCAAAAGUUUGUACAAGGUAAUCCUUUUACUUCGCCUUUUUCUUUAGUCAUGUUUUCCACUGUGAAUGAUUACAGAUUUUGUACUGGUAAAAUUGUUAGUAUCCUUGUAAAUCAAAGUGCUGUACUAGUUGAAGUUGGAAAGAAAGAGUUGGAAUGUUGUCUUUUA